UCAACAUCAAAAUAGUGAAAACAGUCAAGAAACAAAUGUUAAAACAAUUGUCUCAGCUAUGUUUACUAAAUUGGAUCAAUUAAGAGAAAAUGUUGCUGAUGUUAUACUGAAAAAAGUCUAUCAAAAAAAAUUCUUAGCAAAAAAUAAUAUGAAUCCAGAUGAAGUAUCUAAAAAGCUAAAAGUUGCUCAUGCAUUAAGCUGGCUGAAGGUGAACAACUAUUACUAUGCUGAUAUUAUUAUUGAUAAUGAAGCUCUUCAAACUUUGUCUAUCAAUAACUCUAUUGAUAAUCAGCUUCAAACAAUAUCUGAAAAUUUAGAUAAAGACAAUGAAGAUGAAGUGAUCACAUCAGAAAUAGAUCUAGAUGUAGUUAUUGAUAGUUCUUCUGAAUUAGAAUCUCAUGACAUAAAUUGGAAUUAUAACUGGAAUAAUG